AUGGUAAGUUCUAAAGUAUUGCUUUAUAGAAUACAUUCGUUUUAGCACAAAAAGUUAACGUUUUAUGCUGACCCGCCAGAGGAAGAGCUAGGACAACAUGAGCUAUACGAAUUACUCGACGAGAGGUUUAUGAUUCUGACCAAACUUGAGAAUCUGCGGCUUGGAGAUAAAAUGAUGGGCAAAGAUUUCAUCGAAAAGUUUAAGAAGGUGGGGAUUUUUUGUUUUAUUAGUUUUGAAACUGUUAAUUUUAGGAGAUAAUGCCUAUUCAACCAUUAUUUUUCCACGCUUGUAGUUCCAACAAAAUGGAAUAUUAUGCGAGAAGGGAUAUGAUAUCACAUUUCUUGCUACGAUUGGUCUGCAGUCAAAAACCAGAGAAACAAAGUUGGUUUGUGGAACAAGAAUGUGCUCUUUUGAAGAUCAGGAUAAUGGAGAAUGGAGCCGGAGCAUUAAAGGAAGAUUACUUUAGCCGAUGCCAAAUCCCCCCAAUCGAAUGCGAUGCCAAGGAGAGAAUGGAAUUGGUCAGUGACCUUGUUCUUGGUGGGACAUUAGAAAGCGAGACGGAUAAGAGGGAAGUUUACAAGAUCUUCUUUGCUGAUUGUCCCGACCUGGUUGGGCAGCGGAAGGUUCUUCUGAAGGAUGGGUUCUGUUUUGCAACCGAUGAGGAUCUGGUCAACGGAAUUGUUCAGAAGUUUCGUGUUAUGCUCAAUCGGACAAUGGCGGUGAGUUUGAAUUUGAUGAUGAUUUACUCCUUUAAAUGUUUAGUUGAAAAAACGGGAAAAGGAAGUUGAAAGCGACGACUGGAUCAUAUAUAAAAUGUACAAACAUUUGUAUCCAGAAACAUCGACGGGUAUGGAAGACAACUCUGCCAACUUGAAACCUGAGCAAAUUGAGAGUGUAGGUUGGGGGUUGGGGGUUUGUAUUAUGAUCUCUACUUUAGAUGGCUCACACUUCGUUCCCCUUGUGUAUGAGAGACAUGCACGACUUUUUGGUGAAGAAUAGAAGACUCAAGAAUGAUGGUCGAUUACAAUUUACACGGUUUUUGAUGGGUGCUGGCCUCAAUUUAGAGGAUUCUUUGAGCUACUUUAGGAAUGUCUAUGAUGCCAACAAGGUAAGAUGCAGCUUCAUAAACCCAUUGUUUUAGUACAAAGAACUGCAAUACGAUAUUACUUACAACUUUCGUGGGAGUUCCAGUAAUAAUAAUAAAAAGAAGCCAUAUAAUUGUGAAUACAUUGUGAACAAAGGGAAACCCCCGCAAGACGGAUGCAGUGGUUGUCCUUUCCAGUAUUUGGAAGAACAGGAACUCUCUGAUAAAUUGCUUGGCUUGAGGGUUUCGAGAGACCGAAUACCAGAGGUAAGAGACUGAGCUCACUUUCCUAACUUUUUAAGAUUCUGAGCUUUAAAAAGGACUUCCGAUACGACAUCGCUUGUACGAGAUACUUUGAAGCCACUCACAAACUCCCUCCAGAAGGCCUUGGGCAAAUUAUUACGCAUCCCAACGAAUACUUCAAGAAAUCUGUGGAUUACCGAAGGGAGAAGAACUUGUAA